CCCCCUCUCGAGGGCGGUGCUCGGCGUGGCUGGUACCCGGAUGUGGGAGGCUCCGCCCCCGCCUCCGAGCGUUAGCGCCGCUCGCGCCCCCUCCCUCGCUCCCUGUGCGCCGUUGCGGGUCAGUGCCAGCCUCUGCCGCAGUGAGGGGAGCUCAGCCGAGCCGAGCCGAGCCGAGCCGGGCUGAGCCAGAGCCGGCGGCAGCGUCGGGCCCGGGGCGCGGCGGCGCCAAACACGCAACAGCGAGACCGGGGCUCGGUGGAUUCAUCUGUGGGGGAGACGCCUGACACCCGCCCGCCGCCAUGGGAAAUGAGGCAAGCUACCCCUUGGAAAUGUGCUCGCACUUUGAUGCUGAUGAAAUCAAACGGCUAGGAAAGAGAUUUAAGAAGCUUGAUUUGGACAACUCUGGUUCUUUGAGCGUGGAAGAGUUCAUGUCUUUACCUGAAUUGCAACAGAAUCCAUUAGUACAGCGAGUAAUAGAUAUAUUUGACACAGAUGGAAAUGGAGAAGUGGACUUCAAAGAAUUUAUAGAGGGAGUCUCCCAGUUCAGUGUCAAAGGAGAUAAGGAACAGAAGUUGAGGUUUGCUUUUCGCAUUUAUGAUAUGGACAAAGAUGGGUAUAUCUCAAAUGGAGAGCUCUUCCAGGUGCUGAAGAUGAUGGUUGGGAACAAUCUCAAAGACACUCAGUUACAGCAAAUUGUAGAUAAAACCAUAAUUAAUGCAGAUAAGGAUGGUGAUGGAAGAAUAUCCUUUGAAGAAUUCUGUGCUGUUGUAGGAGGCCUAGAUAUCCACAAAAAGAUGGUGGUAGAUGUGUGACUCUGUAGGGCACCACCCAACACUUUUGCUUUCUUCUCCAUCUCUGAAGAUCUGCUCAAGACGUCCAGCAAUGCUCUCUGUGUAUUUAAAUGGAAGUAUUUUCUCUGUGAAGCCACAUUUUCCAACAUGAGCCUCAUGAAGCCAACUAAGUGUUAUUGAACUUUUAUUCUCUCAAUAACUCAGUGUAGCACUUUAAAGUCUGAAGGACAGCAAAGAUGGAAAGAGCAUAUCAGUGUGGUGGAGAAAGGGAAGGGGUUGGCUUUUUAAUUUAUUUUUCUUCAUCUUUUAUAACAAGGAAAUAUCUAUCUAUAUAUAUAUAUGUGUGUGUGUAUUUAUAUAUAGAUAUAUAUGUAGCUUUCUAUAUGUAGUAGCUAGGUGGGCUUUAAUUUAAUAUACUUGAUUCAGAAACAAAACUAGAGUACAAAGUGCCAAGCAGAAUAUUAACAGUUCAAUAUAUGGAUAUACAUCCUUACUUUUAUUUCACACAGUUUUAUAUAUAUAGUAGAAGAAUGUAAAAUUUUAACUGGGUGUUAGGUCAGCUCUUUUCCUUUUCCUGUGACUGUUCAGAUGUUUCUAUAUAUUGACUGGCUGACAAAGCAUUGCUUCUUAUUAAUUCACCUUAAUUACAUUUUUUGUAACACAGGAGACUAAGUUUAUUUAUACCUGUUAAUAUAUUACCAGGGACUGUGUCUCUUUGCUAAAUAACUUAGUACAGUUCUACUUAAUAUGAGAAUAUAGUUUAAUGCUACUGCCAAGAACUAGCCCUCGUGCAUAUAGUAACUGUGGAAUGCUUUGAUGGCCGCUAGAUUUCGUCAUCUAGGAAUUGGGAGCAGUUACAGCUGCCCUGAAGCAAAGGCAGAUCUGCUGUUCUGGAUUCAUUUUAGAUAACAGCUGCUCAAGGUGUUAGACACAUCCAUGAUUUUUUUCUUGUGCUUAGCUUAAUGAAAUUAGGAUUGAUGUAACUCUGCAGGAUUCCCAUCUACUUAUUUUCUACAGCACUUACAUUAGAAAAUGUUCUUGCCAUUUAAAUUCUGUUUUUCAACCAUGAUAGUUUCCCCUCUGCGUUUAAAGAAUACUACAGGUAGCAUAAAUAACUGGUAAUAUUUUAUAUAUAUAUAUAUGUAUAUAGGAUUCAUACAGGGGGAAAAUCUUGUUAACCUAUGCCAUAGAGGAGGAAAACUUCACACUAUCUAAAUUUAUACCUCUUGUGGUUCUCCAGUCCUUUGCCUGGGGAAUUAUUUUCUUUUCUAGAUUUGUCCAUAUCAUGAUUUGUAACGGAUGGUAACUUGAUAUAUUUGUGUGAUAUAAAAGUAGUGAGCCAUGUUUUACAACUUUAUAUCAUCCCUUCCCUUUUCUGCAGUGGUACUAUUGGCUGGAAGAAAAACAUUUGCUAGAUUUUUUUAGGACAGUUCAUCUUUCCUGUAUAGUAGUUUUUCUAUUAAAGAGAAAAAAAAUUGUUUUAUAAUCAGCAGUGGGAAGUGCAGGUUGUCUGAACCUACUUCAGUCGAGCACCUAUCUGCCAUAGCUGUUCCUUCAACUGAGUGCUGCACAUCAUGGGCUCUGUCUGUGAGAGAGAAAUCCAGGUGCUUGGUGUCCUUGCAUGACAUAAAGUUUUGCAUGUAGAUCGAUUUGAAAUGUUCCUCUUGUUUACAUAAUUUGCAUAAUUUAAAAGGUAAAUGUUGCCAAACUUUGGUAAAUGUUAAUGUUCAAAACAAAAAUCUCCACUACAUGUAACUUUUCUUCCUCUGGAUCAGUACGUGGUUUAUAAUCCCAGCCAGUGGUUGUAUCUGUUCCAGUGUCAACUGCCAUGUGCUCUGCUUCGAGGGGGAACUAGUCUUUUGUGAAUUUUUUGUACAUAAGUAUUUGUUACAAACAUUUAGCAAAUGCUUUUGAUUUCUCUUA